AUGCUCGAAUACCUGCAUGUGGAACAGCACUAUGGCAAUUUCUACAAGGGCCUGACAUUGGACCUCAUUUUCAGGAUGUUCAAUGUGGACAAGGCAAUUUUGGUCUCUUUAGAGCACACAGGAAUGCUCAACAACUUGAUGUUCACGUUCCUACAGAGCACCGCAUGCAUUAUCUUCUGGUACACUGACAUGGAGGCAGUUGUGAGCCAUGCAAAGUCGAACAUCUCAUCCACCAUCACGUCGAACAACACAGUCAACCCAGUUCCUUUGGGACUACCAGCCCUCACAGGAUCACCACUCCUCCAGUACGACCGAGCAGAUCGCUGCUUCGUCACCUCCACAAAGAGGGCUCCCAUAUACCCUCGAGGUGGCACCUGGUGUCGUGCUACCGGUCCAAACCCGCAGGUCAUCGCCCACCAAGAACUCGUUAGCUACUACCAGAGACACCCAUCCGCUCAUCCAGAAGAUGUAUUCACCAUCCUACAGAUCGACGUCGAACCUACACAAACAGCAGAAAGCGUGCAGUCACCCAUCAAUGAACAACCACUCGAACUCCCUGAAGUUCAGUACAUUCCCAUCGAAAUCCCAGACAUUGAACUACCACCAGCCCCACCCGCACCAACCAACGCACCGGUUGAAGUCCCUAUGGCAUUGUUCACCCAAGAAGACAUUGAUCAGCGCAUCACUGUUGCCCUCGCAGCAUACCAAUCCCAACAGUCAACUGCCAACCGACCCCUUCGUCUUGACAUCCCCGCUCCUGAACCUUUCAGCGGAAAGGCGGAGGACCUCAGACGCUUCAUCCAAUGCAUCCUCUCCUACUUCGUCGCCACCAACAACACCCGACUCAGCGAUGAAGCAAAGAUCGCCUUCACUGUAGUGCUGAUGAGGAAGGAUCUGGGGAAAACAUGGGUGGACGCGUAUUACAAAAAGUCGGCAGGGGGAGUCCAGGUCUAUUCCACUUGGGCAGACUUCGUUGCCGCUCUAGAAGAGGUGUUCCCUGAGCACGGAAUGCGAAUCAAGGCACAUCAAAUCCUGAUGAAACUGCCCGAACGACAGAAGGAUAGGAAGACAGCACUCUCCCUCGGUAACUACGUCACCCACUUCGAGCAGCUAGCAUCAAAGGCUCAGCUCAAGGACGCCGAGGUCAAUGGCACCAACCGCGUUGAGAACAACUACCACACUCUCCACACCAACUUUGUCAAAGGACUCCCGAAGGAGCU